CGGGCACCGAGUCGUCUGGCAACACUGCGGGCACCGAGUCGUCUCGCAACACUGCGGGCACCGAGUCGUCUGGCAACACUGCGGGCACCGAGUCGUCUGGCAACACUGCGGGCACCGAGUCAACUGGCGGAACUGCGGGCACCGAGUCAACUGGCGGAACUGCGGGCACCGAGUCGUCUGGCAAGACUGCGGGCACCGAGUCGUCUGGCAAGACUGCGGGCACCGAGUCGUCUGGCAAGACUGCGGGCAUCGAGUCGUCUGGCAAGACUGCGGGCACCGGGUCGUCUGGCAAGACUGCGGGCAUCGAGUCGUCUGGCAAGACUGCGGGCACCGAGUCGUCUGGCAAGACUGCGGGCACCGGGUCGUCUGGCAAGACUGGAGGGCACCGGGUCGUCUGGCAAGACUGCGGGCACCGGGUCGUCUGGCAAGACUGCGGGCACCGAGUCGUCUGGCAAGACUGCGGGCACCGAGUCGUCUGGCAAGACUGCGGGCACCGAGUCGUCUGGCAUUGGAUCGUCUGGCUCGACAGCGGGCAUCGGGUCACCAGGCAUCAGGUCCUUUGGCUCGCCAGCGGGCACCGCGUCAUCUGGCAAGGCAGUGGGCACCGAGUCACCAGGU